CACCUAAGUCAACUAAGAUGAGCUUUAAAUUAUUAGAAGUUGUGUUUCAAGUGGGAAAAAUUUUAGCCAUGAGUCCCUGGAACUCCGAAACCAAAACAGUUCACUUUCCCUCACUACCUUAUGCAUUCUUCGUAACUGGUAUUUAUUCAGUUGGACUUUUUAUAUCCGCAAUUUACAGAUAUCCGGUUUACGUAGAACUAAGUAGUGCGAAGUUCACAGUUCAAGUUCUUUUAGACGCUUCCUUGUAUUUGAUUAACAUAGGCACAAUUUUAACAGCCGUACGAAAAAAAUCCGAGUGGCGCAAAUUGCUUUUAAACCUAAAAAUAACGCACCACAAGAGUUCCGAAAAUGCACAAUAUUUACGCUUCGUAAUAGCAAACCUUGUAUAUGUCGUACUUAGUAUUUUGGAAGGUUGGGUGUAUGGAAGCUUGAUGGGUUUAGACUUUGUAAAACAAUAUGCUAUAGAAUACCUCCAAAUGUACUCUCAGUUUAUCCUCUACUUUCUUCUGUACGUUGUCUUGAAAAUGUUGCUGAUGAGGUACGAAUACAUCACAAGAUUUACAUCAGAAUUUGGAAAAAGAAGACUGCUUACUAAAGACUACUUCUGGUAUUUACAAAAAAUUAAAUGUGAUAUUUGUUUUCUGCGAGAGACUAGCGAUCUUAUCAACAAUAUUUUUGGAUGGCCAUUUUUACUCAUCGUUUCUUUCACAACGCUGCAAAUUCUACAGACUAUACAGACAAUUUUAGUCAAAAGAAGAGGCAAUGUUUCCGUCACGUUGUACAGCAUAAGCAUGAUUGCGUGGCACUUCUUCUGGACCUAUGGCAAUAUACUUCUGUGUGGUUCCAUACAAGACGAAGUAGAAAAAAUAUUAGCAGUGGCAUCUAAGAUGGAAACAUUAUUCUCAGACAACAAAACCAAAGAAAGUGAACAAAUUCGCUUAUUUAUAAACGUGGUCAAAGAAAAUUUCCCCAAUUUUUCGGCUGCUAACUUUUUCGACGUGAAUCGAAAAACGGUUUUUCAAAUUUUCAACACCAUUGUUACUUUCUUGGUUGUUAUGCUUCAGUUUGAAUACAGUCAAGAUCCAAACGCUGGUACCACUGCGUCUCCGCUAAAAUGUGUAUGUAACAAAACGAAGUAAUUAAAGUAAUGUACAAUUUCAUGGUGCAUACAGUAUUUAAGAGUAAAAUUGUAUUCAAAUAGAAUCUUACAAUGUUGUUAUACAUGGGACAUAAUUUUCGUAGGACAUCAAAAAAAUUCUGGUUAAAAAUCGCAUCAGGGCACUGUCAAAGUUUAGUCCAAACCAAAAAAUUCAGUUACAAAUAUGUAGAUAAAUAAGUAAG